CUCUGUCUCUCUGUGACUGUGUGGUCAGGCUGCUGUAGCUGAAAGGAUCUUAAAGGAUAAAGAAGACGCUCCUGGACUCCAUGGUGGUGGUGAUGCAUCUCCUUCUUGUACAUGUGAUAUGCAAGGGAUUUUUCCAAGGAUACAUGACUGGACCUAAAAGGUAAAAGUCUUCCAAGGUUGAUGGGAGUGGAACCAGUCUGCAGAUUUCUCACAUGAUGGACAGCAACGACUCCCAUGCUCUGCUCUCUGGAGAGCACCUAAUCUACGCCAUCACUAUACCCCUGUCCACCUCCAUCAUCUUGGCCAACCUCGUCAUCAUCAUGGGCAUCGCCUGGAACCGUCAGCUCCACAACACGCCCAACUACUUCUUCCUCAGCCUGCUGGUGGCAGAUCUGUGCACGGGGGUGGCGCUGCCUUUCAUACCGUUAAUGGGUCUGAACCGAGAGUUGAGUUUCAGCUCCUGCCUAGUGGCUCACAUUUUCCCAAACUUCCUCUUCCUGGCGUUCCUUUUUAAUCUGGUGAUGGUCCACUAUGAGCGCUACAUCUGCAUUGUCGACCCCCUGCAUUACAACAACCUGUGGAUGCACCGCAGCUUCCCUCUGGCGUUGCUUGUGGUUUGGACGCCUCCACUUCUGUACGCAUCUCUACCUGCUUUUGGGUGGAAUAACUGGACAGGGCCUGAUUGGAACGGCUGUUGUGCAAGUACAACUCUACUUUCAAACUGUUCAGAAAACAGAACAACGUGCUGCUCGUACAGGCGCGUAUUCCCCAACGCUUUUAUCUACUUGGAGGUGUAUGGACUGGUCUUACCUGCUAUUCUCACCAUCGCUGGCAUGACUGGCCGUGUUUUGUGGAUCACCCGAGGCCAGCUGAAGGACAUAUGUCGCCUCCAUCGCUCAGUAGAGAGGGGAAGUCAGGCCUCGGACCAAGAGCAGAGGCUUAACCUGCGUUACACUCGCUGCGUGGUGGCGGUGUCUCUGACCUUUCUGGCAUGCUGGGUACCCUACCUCAUCUACAUGCACGUCUGCAUAGGGUUCUUGAUCAGCGAUACAAGGGGGAACUCCACCACUCACAUCGUGCUGUCGUGCGCCGGGAUUGGAAGCAUGGCGGUGGUGCCGCUGGUGCUCGGCCUAGUCAACAGGCAGUACACAGAACCUGCAUAUAAACUUGUCCAGAAACUCAGAGACAGGUGGAGGACGCAGGGGUCCGAGGAAGUGGCGGUCUGAGAAGAAACUGAUGAAUAUUUAAAGUCUGUGUCCAAUAUUGUGUAUUUGUAUACAUAUCCUAUAUAUAUGCUAAGGUCCCGCUACUGACACGAUAGCAGUCAUUUAGUGCGCAUAUGUAUAAUUAAACCCAUGAUAUCAAAAUCUCACUCCAGCCAGGUACCCAAAGUUGGCAACCCUGAGACUAUAUUCUUAUUUCUCCUCGUCCUGCCUGUGCUGGUUAUCAGUUUAGAUUUUUUCCAAGUUUCAACCACCUGCCAGCAAUGUUUACUCCACUCGUGUUUAUCUAUAUACUGGUAUGCAAGAUGAAGAGGGGAAAGGGAUGCAUCCAAUCAAUCUAAAAGAGGAACUUUCUGCAAGAACAUGCAGCAAAGAAAGGUGUAAACCAUGUGUGCAUGUUACAGUUGCAAAUUCGUUUCUGCUAUAUUUAGAUAAACUGUUACAGGAAAGUUAAAUACCUUUAAAAGCUGCUUUUAAAUACUGUUUGAUGAGCUGAAACUGUAGGCCUAUUUGUUGUAAAAAUCCAUGCAAGGGAAAUUAGAUUUUUAUUUGAGACUUGAUUAAACAUGCAAUACAUGCUUUUUGUUUCCCUAAUUAAAGUCUGGUUUAAAAUGUGUACAUACGGUAGGCCUACAGUAUGUGGGUGGAAAUAGACGAGCUGAAGCAGACUUUAAUCAAAUUAUAAAGCACACAAUCUGAAGUGCUACGGGACAUUAGGAGAGAUGGGAUAUCAUGAAGAGGUCAGGGCACACAGACUGUAUGUCUUUUGUAUGUCCUGCUUUGCUUAAACUAUGUUCCAGUAGGCUUUCCACAUUGGAAUAGCAGUGUUUCCCCUAGGUUUACUGCCUUGGCAGGGUGCUGCUCGGUGACAUUUUUUUUUUUAAUUUGAAUUUAAUAACAGUAACAAAGUAUUUGUACAUUAAAAAGUAAUAAAGUACAGUGUUACACUGUACUGUAUUACUUUUAUUCAAAUUGUAUUCCCUUCUUAUCAUGUAGCCUACACUUCUUCCUUUCAUUGAUACAUUUAAAUCACCUGACUACAGCAUAUAACAUACCUGCUGCAACCCUGUGCUGCUGCUGCUGCUUCUCUCUGCCUCAUCCUCUAUUGCUGGAGGCAGCUCCACCUCAUCUGAUCUCUGAUAUGAAAGCAAUCGUGUUAUGAUCAUAUUGAGCUAUUGGUGUGAGUCUAAAAUUAAACAAGCAGUCUGCUUGUCAUACAUUGCUGACGAUACAUUUUAAGAGGCAAUUUGUUGAGUCACUGGCUGCCGCUAAAUGCCGGUAGCAUCAAGCUAGCAAAUCCUGCAUUAGCCUCACAUCAACAGGUGUAGACAGAACAUCCAAUUAUCCUGAGCUAAUUUACUGAAUAAACCAACUCACAUCUCCUGUCUUUUUUUUUUCACCCAACUCAUUAGACUAUUCUUCUGCUGGCGUUUCAUUGUUGUUUUCUGUCAAAUUCAAUACUGUAGUUCAA